AUGGCGUCGUCCAUCUUGAAAAUCGAAGCAGCCACUUCCUCCCGAAUGGUAAUUGAACGCUCUUUUAUUCUUUCAUUCACUGUGACAGAAUACGGUGGAUACGGCAGUAAGGAUUUUGGGGGUGCUGCUCCGUAUAGCGUUCCACCACCACCGAUUAAUCAGAGCUACAGUCAGCCUCCUCCGAUGAACAAGUUUGGUGGUGGGGGUGCCGGCAGCUACGGACAGCAGAGUUCCGGUUCUGUCGGCGGUGGAUAUGGUGGCCAAAGUGAUUAUAAUGGUGGCGGGGGCCGUGGCGACAGUGGUGGGUACGGCGGUGGCAAUCGUGGCGGAAACAGCUACGACCGAAGAGGUGGUAACCAAACCGGCGGAUAUAGCAGUGGCGGCGGCAACAAGGGUGGUUAUAACAAAGGCGAGGGUGAAAUGAUCACGCAAGAGGAUACAAUCUUUAUUCAGGGCAUGACGCCGGAAACGACGGAAGAGGAGAUUGCCGAACGGUUCGGAUCGAUCGGUGUCAUUAAGCGUGACAAACGCACCCAGAAGCCCAAAAUCUGGAUGUACAAGGAUAAGGAGACGGGUAAUAUGAAGGGUGAGGCUACCGUUACGUACGACGAUGCGAGCGCCGCACAGUCCGCCAUCGGGUGGUUCGAUAACAAGGAGUUCAAUGGGGCCGUUGUGAAGGUAACGCUCGCCCAGCGUUUCAGCAACUGGCAGAACAAGGGUGGCAAUCGGGGUGGCUUUAACAAAGGAGGUGCCGGUGGUGGUGGUGGUGGCGGCGGCGGUGGAUAUGGCAGUGGUGGUGGGGGCGGCGGCGGUAACCGUAUGGGUGGUGGUGAUCGCGGCGGUUCCGGUGGCGAUCGUGGUGGCUACAAUCGGGGUGGCGAUCGCGAUGACAGCCGAUCGCGUCCUCCACCUGGCGGCGCAAUGGGCGGUGGAGCACGCGGUGGAUAUGGUGGAGGUGGUGGCGGAAGCGGUGGUGGACAAGAUCGUGAGGGCGAUUGGAACUGUGGCGAGUGUAGCAACAAAAACUUUGCCUGGCGCAACGAAUGCAAUCGGUGCAAGGCUCCGAAGGGUGAUGGAGCGGGCAGUGGAUCGGACAGUGGCAGCAGAGGAGGAGGGUACGGUGGCAAUCGCAAUGGAGGAGGAGGAGCGGGUGGUGGCGGCCGGGAUCGUGGCUCGUUUGGGGGUGGUCGGGGUGGUGGUGCGGGUGGCCAGGAUCGUGGCUACGGCGGUGCGAAUCGGGGAGGACGCGACAACGGCGGAGGCUAUGGUGGUGGAGCAAUGCGGGGAAAUGACAGAAACAACCGCAAUGAUCAACGACAACGCCCUUACUAGGGUUGCCAACAUCCCCCCAACA